GCUAGAAGACGGAGGGGAAGUUCAUCUACAAGGAGGCAGUCAAAUGCUGGAUAUUGACGUAAACGUUUUCCCGAAGACUCCAACUUGCGUAGCCAUCGCUGCAAUCAACAAGGCAACGAAAUAUAUACAAGAAGAAUCGAACAAAGUCGAAUAAUUGCUCUGGGACAUUAUUUAAUGAUGGAUUGAUCGUUUUUCCAACGCGGAAUUCGCGUUGUGCGACUUCUCUAUGGCUAUUUCUAAUUAGGCUACCACUGAAUGAGGUAUACUAAUUCUACCUGUUCAUUCUUGGGUGGAUUGUUUUUUUAGUUUAAAACGCUUGUUUUAGGUGUUGAUGAUUUAAAACAAAACAUUUAAUAUAUUUAUAAGGGCAUAAAAGGAACAAUAAAUUAAUUGUGUCAGGUGUCGCUCCUAAAACCAGAAAGGGAAUCUCUCUCUUCUUGACAAAGGAGUGGAUAUACGAGAGAUAAUAAUUCCACAUUAGGACUUGGACUACAGUUGCCACAGCAGAGACGUUUGGACACGCCGCCGGUCCGGACUGCGGGAUGUAUCUGUGAGAGUUGACCCGAUAUAACGCAACUGUUUCGGCCGGACUCAUUGGGAGGGGGAAGUUCAUGGAGGUUAUUAGUGGGACCCGCUAUGAUGGACGUGGUGGAUGAAACCGAAGCGUUACAGAGAUUUUUUGAGGGUCAUGAUAUUACCAGCUCCUUGGAGCCAGCGAACAUUGACACCAGUAUUCUGGAGGACUACAUCAGUAAGGAGGACGACAGCACUGACAUCUGUUUCUCUGAGGUCCACAGCGGUGCCCCAGGCCCUAACUCCUACUCAUCAACCCAGGCCGGAGUCUCCUCCGCUGGGACUCUGAGAUCCCCUAUCUCCCUACGUCAGGGAAACCCCCACCCGACACCCUAUCCCCCGCCCCCGGGCCUACUGAGACACAACAAUUACCCCUGCCUGGGGCAACAGAACCACCAGCAGAACCACCAGCAGCAGCAGAACCACGUCAAGCCUGAACACAGAGGUCACUACACACCGGGGACACUCCCUGAGUCCCCCCCAGACUCCAGCUCUGAGCCAUACUCCCCUCAGCAGGUCAAUGACACUCACAUGCUGAGGACCAUGACGCCAGAGAACAUGUGUCACAUGACCCCGCCACCGCUACACCCACACGGCCACGGCUAUCCCAACAUGCACCGGGACAUGUACCUGAAGCCCGAGCCAAUGAUCUCACAGUACCCUGUUGGCCCCACCUCCAGUGGGAGUGGACAGGACCUGCAACAGAGUCAGAUACUACAUCAACUACUUCAACACCCACAACAGCAGGGGCAAGAUGGGAUACCAGUCCACCAGACGAAGAAGAGAAAGCACUGUGAAUCUCCAAACAGCACCCUCAACUCUCAGAUCCUCACAGGUAUCAUCAAACAGGAGCCAGUAGACAUUGUUUCUGGCCCAGGUUUGAUGGCGGAUGCAGAUAACUCCUACCUGGACCCUAACUACCAGUGUAUAAAGUGGCAGCCGCACCAGCAGAAUAAAUGGACGCCGCUGUAUGACAUCAACUGCAAAGAGCUUCCGAUGCCCACCUACCGCGUAGACGCUGACAAGGGCUUCAACUUCUCCCUGGCAGACGACGCCUUUGUGUGUCAGAAAAAGAACCACUUCCAGGUUACUGUGUACUGCGGCAUGCUGGGAGAUCCCAAGUACAUCAAGACCAGCGAGGGCCUGCAGCCCAUAGACUGCUUUUAUCUCAAACUCAACGGGGUUAAGCUGGAAGCAAUGAACCAGUCCAUUAACGUGGAGCAGUCCCAGUCAGACCGCAGCAAGAGACCCUUCAAGCCAGUCCUGGUGACACUGCCCCCGGAGCAGGUUACCAAGGUAACGGUGGGACGACUACACUUCAGUGAGACCACAGCCAAUAACAUGAGGAAGAAAGGCAAACCCAACCCUGACCAGAGGUACUUCAUGUUGGUGGUGGCGCUGGAGGUCCAGGCCCACAGUCAGAGCUUCACCGUGGCGGCGCAGGUGUCCGAGAGGAUCAUCGUCAGGGCGUCUAACCCAGGUCAGUUUGAGAGUGACAGUGAGGUGCUGUGGCAGCGCGGCCAGCUGCCCGACUCCGUCUGCCACCACGGCCGGGUCGGCAUCAACACCGACCGGCCAGACGAGGCCAUGGUCAUCCACGGCAACCUGAAGGUCAUGGGCUCACUGGUUCACCCUUCCGACAUACGGGCUAAAGAGAACGUCCACGAGGUGGACACUACAGACAACCUGAAGCGGAUCAGUCAGAUGAGGCUGGUUCAUUAUCAGUACAAGCCUGAGUUUGCUUCCAGCAUGGGCAUAGACACCAACCAAGAGACUGGAGUGAUUGCUCAGGAGGUGCAGCAGAUCCUGCCUGAAGCCGUGAAGGAGGGCGCAGACGUGAUCUGCUCCAACGGAGAGACCAUCCCUAAACUACUGAUGGUUAACAAGGACCGUAUCUUUAUGGAGAACGUCGGAGCAGUGAAGGAGCUGUGUAAACUGACUGACAACCUGGAGACUCGUAUAGAUGAGCUAGAGCGCUGGAGCAGGAAGCUGGCCAAACUCCGCCGUCUGGACAGCAUGAAGAGCAGUGUCAGCGGAGGCACCACCAGCCAAUCAGGAAGCCAGUUCAGCAGGACAGGAAGUGGCCCUCUGAAGAAGAAGAAGACAGUCAAACCUGGGAGCAAGAGUCCGACUCCAGAGCAGGGCUGCAUCAGCCACAGGUUCAUGCAGGGGACCAUUCUGGCUCUAGUCAUCGUCAUGGCCUUCAGCGUCAUCUCCAUGUCCGUACUCUACGUGUUGACGCUGCACCACAGAGCCCACGUCUCUGAGAAGGACGGGUCCAGGUCUGCAGUGGGAUCAUCUAGAAGGGUGGCCUCCGGUCCUCUGUCCACCACCCCGACUCUUCAAGAUACAGUCCCACCCUCUCCUUCACUGUCCAAUCCUGCAGCUUGCUGCCCGCCUACAACUGCUACAAACAACCAAUCAGCAACUGCUCUGUCGCCAAGCAACAACCAAUCUACAUCGGAGCUGAGUAGUCCGGUACCAACGCUGGGCGGUAUCAACAAGAAGGCCAGGUCCAGGCCUAUGGACAAGGACGGACGCUAUCGGAACCGUCUCAGCCACACCUCCGCCCCCAUGUACCUGUCCAAGGCUAAGAGACCCGCCCCUGGGGGGGACCUGGGGGGCGUAGGUGGGGCCACCAACCGGCUGCCUGGACCGGGUGGGCCUGGAGGGCAGCAGACACUGCCCCUGCCUCGGAGACAACGCAGGGACAACACGCACAGCAGCGCAGAGGAGGAAGCAGGACGAAGAUCUUCUCCCUCCCUUAUAGAUCUGCACAUCCUGGAGACAGACCAACAGAUGUCAUCACACAACUGUCCACAUCCCGACAGCUGCAGCUAUACCGUAUCACUCUCAGCAAUCAACAACUCCUCCAUGUCGCAGAUCACCCUACACAUGACUUCCAGUGCCAGUGUGUGGGUCAGACAGUGUGGAGCCACCAGAGGACGUCUGUGUCCUGACCACACAGAGACAGAGCUCUAUGCCGGAGAGAAGAACGUCACCAAGGGGACAGAUCACCUGUGGUCAGUACCUGUACUGGCAUUCCAGGACGUCACCUAUCACUUCAGAGUGGCCCAGUCUAGUAAAGUGCGGUGUGGCGUCGAGGAGGAGAACGUAUCCGCCCCCACCACCACACCACCAUACUCGGACUAUCACUUCCUCAUUCAAAGCAGCUGCGCGUGAGAAGAGAGGGAAUUAAGCAUGCAAACUAGUGUGCUGCUUUGAAUCUAGCCUAUCCCCUGACUGACUCAGGCUUUCUUGAAGGGAUACUUCGGGAGUUUGGCAAUGAGGCCAUUUAUCUGCUUCCCCCAGAGUCGGAUGAACUGGUGGAUACCAUUUGUAUGUAUCUUCAUAUGUCCAGUAUGAAGGAAGAUAGAGGUAGUUUCGCGAGCCAA